GUGGAUAGAUAUGGCGUUAGCUGAGCUACGAUACAGAUAUGGCCUUAGCCAGGCCACGAUACGGCCCAGGGCGGAGCACAGUGGAUAUCGCGUGGAGCGAAGCUGUGUGUGUGGUGUCGGGUGUUGAGGUUUUGGUGAAGAGCGGGAAUGUGUAAGAAUUGAGGUUUUGGUGGAUGGUGAGAUGUUUGAAGAUGGAGCGUGAUGGUUGAGAGGAUUGAGAUAUUCGUGAGCAGCUCGUUCGUUUUGUGAAUGUGGCAAGAGAGUGACCAUAUACUUCGUUGUCAGUGUGAGGAUCUGAGGAUCUUCCAGCGUUUGGCAGAGCUCGGACCAGAGUGUGAAGCUGACAGUGCGGAACGCAACGCUGCGGAGUCAUAAGGACACUUGUGACUACCUGGGGCACUACCGGACGUGUCAUGCGCUGGGCAAUGCGACUCUAGUGUUUGCUGUGUCACUGGCGCAGAGAAUUGACACUAGAUAUCCACCAAGUCGUCCCACGCAGCCUAUCACUGAAAUCGUGGAUCACUUUGACUGGAUGCACAGAAUAGGUGGUGGGUUCCCGCAUUGCUUCGGACUUGCCUGAGCCUCUGCGGGUGUCUAGAAUGUCAAAACUGAAGCCACAUCCUGGUCAGAGAAGUGAUUUUUCUGGAGUCGCCGGAGGAAAAUCACGCAUAACAAGGAACCAGUAACGUGAAACCUGCGAAUCGUUUGCACUGACCUUGCAAAGGUCUGAUAGUGGAUGAAAGAAGAGCUCUUCUGUAUAACGAACACUCGCGUUGUGUGUCAAGAGUGGCAUCGCGCGAAGUCUUAUCUCGAGAGCAAGACAAUACCUUGCUGUGGCGAGUGUCUAAGUACUCUGCGUUCCAGUUAAGAGACUUGAGCUCUGCUUCCCGGACAUCUUCAGAGACUUGCCUAUAGACGCCUAUCGUCGUAUUUGGCUUCCAUUCUAAUCACGCGACGAGUAAGACGCUAACAGACUAGUUACAACAGUGUUCUGUGAAAAACUACGGCGUUCGCGAAAACGAGGGAAAUUGGCGAAGCAGUGUAAGGGAGUUCUGCUACUAUAGCAAAGGGAGUGCUGAUGGUUGCCCACAACGUUAUGGUUAACCAGUGAUGAUGAUUAACUAGCAGAUGAUGACAACACAAACCGACAUCGUCAGCAGUAGCAGCAGUGUCAAAAAAGCAGUGUAGACAGUGUCAAGGAAGGUGUGUGAAGACAUAACGGUGACAAGGAAGCUGUGAGAUAGUGCAUCGCCAAGGAAGCUGCCUGGAACCGGACAUUAUCCAGGAAGCUGUGUCAAAGAAGCAGAUUCAAGACGGCUGUGCCGAGACGACAUCACGAUGUCUCUCGUCAACAUGAGAGACCACAGCGACAGGAGGAGUUACAUGGAGGAGAUACUGAUCCUGCAAAUGGGAGGCACUAUCGACAAGUGCUACCCUCGCACCAGAAGCGGGUACGCAUUUGAGAUCGACUCGGCGGCAUCGAAACGCGUCCUGGCACGUCUCCGGCCGGGAAGGAGCGCCCUGGUCGUGCAUGACACGGUCGCAAAGAAGGACAGUCUGGAGAUGACGGAGAAAGAUAGGAACAAGCUGCUUACGAGGGUAAUGGCUGCCUCACAACAUCGCAUUCUCAUCACCCACGGCACGGAUACGAUGCUACAAACCGCUCAGUGGCUACAGGAGCAGCUACAACCCUGUCUGGGGACCAACAGCCGCCUUGUAGUAUUCACCGGCGCUUUCACGCCUGAGGCUUUCAAAGACAGUGACGCAGACUUCAACAUCGGAAUGGCUCUCGGAGCACUGCAGAGCCUCCCGGGGAGCGGUAACAGCAGGGUCUACAUCGCAAUGAAUGGCCUCGUCUGUCCUUGUGAGUCUAUGGAACGGGACACGGAAAACGGUCAAUUUCUGCCCUGUCGCCGGCCCAGGUCACGUGACCUGAGUAUGACUCGCCCCCGCUCGGGAGAGAUGACUCGACCUCGCUCUGGUGAACAUCUGAGGCAGAGGAGUCUGGAGUCACUGCUGGUUGACCAGCCGAAUCAGAUCGCAAAGCGUCGCUCCACCAGUUCUUCCCGGGAAUCCCUUCUCGACAGCAUCCCGGAACCAGAAACCGAACCGGACCCAGAGCGGGACCGGGAACCAACACCGCAACCGGAACCACGGCUGCCACUACGCUGCGCACCUCCGGACCCACCUCGCCGUCAAACCUCAGUCCCCGUUCCUCUGACUCUCCCUCGAAGGCCAGGGGGCGCAGAUCAAGCUCCUCUUCAAGACGCGGAGGCGGUGUUUUCGACAAGCGUCCAGUACCUUCAGUCGCAACGUGCGAGGUCCUGUCCACAGAUAUCACGCCCUGCGUUACCUCCCAGGCCCGCCACUCGACCGGCGCGGAGAGAGCCCGAGACGACGUCAGAUCCGUCUCUCGCUGUGACUCGUCGUCCUGCGGUGAGGACGAAUGGCUCGCUGCUCACGUCUCCCAGCGUUGGAGGUGUGGGUGGAGGUUCAAGCGUUGGAGGAGGAGGGCUACGACGCUCCCCAGGGCUCUCUUCUCUCCCUAUCGUCGACUCUGACGCAAUCCACGACGGUGAAGCUUCACCGUCACCUGAUGUCGUUCCAGAUGAUGCCAGCGAGUCGCCUCUUCUUGCGCAGAAGAAGAUGGGUGUUCGGCGUACUCUUCCACCUGGGUGGCGUCACCUUCCUCAACGAGCUCUGGAGGAUCUUCUAGAGGAGGAGGAGGGAGACACAAGGCCUCUGGGAAGCGGACGUCGUGGUCCGAGAUCGCUUCUUCGGAGGUUGUCGGAAGGAGGUCCGAUCACAGAAAAUAUCGCCGAGGAGUAUUUGUGAGCGCAAUCGGUCGCAUCGACUAGAAGAGUGAGGGUAGCACGCGUUACGUGCGCUAGCCCCGGUGCAGGUGCCUAAAGAUUCAACAUGCGACGUGGUAGAACCCAAAAGUUGUGAUUUUACCAGAGACAUACGCUUCGUUGGCAGGUGCUUGCAGAUGCACUGUGCAGCAAACAUAGCCGAAAAAUCGCCAACAGUGAAAUGCAGUCGCCUUGGUGCCUGUAUCUGUCACUCAGCAUGCAACAAACUUAACUGUAGAAUCGCUGUGGAUGAGAGCGACCGUUAGCCUAUAGGCGUGCCUGGAAGUCUAUCGGUGUGAUUGGUAAGGAAAUAAGCCAAGGCAUUUUCUACUAAUGCGAUCAGCGACGUAAAUAACCAAGAAAUUUAUGUGAGUGGAGAUGGGUUGCAGAAAAGCCUAGCAAUAUUUUUAAGCGACACCAUAAAACAAAAGACGCUGAUCGUUGCUGAAUUAAGCUGCCGGGCAGUGUUCAACGCACGAGAGAUGUGUGCAUAAAAAGUAUAACACGGACGAGGCGGCUGUUCUAGGGUAGUUCUAGCUUCACUGAGGUGUUUGAGUGCCUCAACAGCGCCAUCUAUUGCCUUUUACAGCGCCAUCUAUUGUCAUAGGUAAAAAACAUGGACCAGGGUUUUGCCGAUACGUAGCUAUAGCUUUGUGUCAUCUGUCAACUAUCAGAAGUUUGCCAACUCAACGAUACUGGAAUGAGUUGUUCAUAGCUAUUAUAGGAACACCGGCGAAGGUUCCAUGCUCCUCACACCGUUUACCGUUUGUAAAAAUGUGGGCAUGUGUGACUUUUAUGUUUGAAUUCAGCUUGGCGUAUGAUGUAUGCUGACCGGUUGAAUGUGAAAAAGCGCGUGCAUGGUUGUUGCUUGCAGUAAGAUAUGACUUCCUUUACAGUUGCCUACACAAAUGACAUUGCUCACUGGAUAAUGCCUAAUUAGAAGCAACUGAUUACUUGUACCAUGCGAUUAUUUGUUCAAAAAUUGUCAAGAAUUUGUUUUGUUUACCAGGUUUAGCAACUUGGUUAACUUGUGGGGAGCCGGCAUGUGUGUACGAUAUGUUAUUUUGCGAGAUAAAUUAGGAGGUGAUAUUGUUAUUUACUUUGUUAUCGAUUUUCUUGACUGUUGCUGAGAUGCUUACAAUUCGCAGCCAAUGAAAGUAAAGCGGACAUCGUAAACUACGCUAUCGGUCUGAAAUUUUGUUUGGUUUGGAUUAGGUAUGCUGUAAAAGAUGCGUAAUAAAGGCUGCAAUGCAUGUCA